AAUGCAAAUGAUUCAGAUCUUACCAUUUGCUUGUAGGAUAAUUUCAGAUCUCAUCAUCUACCUUGAAAUCUCAUUUUUCUAUCCCAAUUAUACCUUAAAUUUAUAAAUAAAACUAGUUGAUGACUGCCUGAAUUUUUUGUUCCUCUCAUCUUAGAUGGAGUACAUAAAGACUCAUUGCAAACCAAAGGAUGGAAAGUUGCUUGCAAUUGGUCACUCAAUGGGGGUAUCUUGCUUUAUGCAAUGCUGCAGACCCAGCAGAGGCUCUAAAAGUUCCUGUUAUUCCAAUUGGGGGACUGCUUUCUGCUGCCCAUCCUCUUGCUUCUCGUCCUCCCUAUGUUUUGUCUUGGUUAAAUCAUCAAAUUUCAGCUCAGGAUAUGAUGCAUCCAGAGUUGCUUGAAAAACUUGUUUUGAACAACUUUUGUACAGUACCUGCCAAAGUUCUCUUGCAGCUGACAACAGCCUUCCAAAAGGGUGGCUUGCGUGACAGGAGUGGAACUUUCUUCUACAAGGAUCAUUUAUGCAAAACCAAUGUCCCUAUUUUAGCACUUGCCGGAGACCAAGAUCUAAUUUGUCCACCCAAAGCUGUCUAUGAGACUGUGAAGCUGAUCUCUGAAGAUUUGGUGGCUUACUAAGUUUUCGGAGAACCUGGAGGUCCAC